AUGAAAAGAGCAUCAUAAAUCCAAAUAUAGAAGGAAGCUAUUGUAUUCUCUUCUGAUGAUUCAAUGAACAGUGACAAUUCCUUCAAUUCUAGUAUUGAGGAGGAAGAAGCAGAGGCAGACACAAACACUAUUUUUCAUCUCAAAGAGCAAAUGGCACAAUUUUUUACAGAAAAUCCAGGAUUGCAAGAAGCCAUCAAAUUUGAAUAAGAGGAGAAAGAUGAGGGUAAUGCUGAAAAAAAUGAAUAAACUAAACACAAACCAGCUUUAAUUUCUAAAUCAGAGUAACAGUAAUUUGUACAUGGUUGGAAGUUGCUUGGAAAAGAUGUUAUAAGAAACAGCUAAGGAGGACAGACUCUACCGACUUUGGAAACUAUAAAUCAUAGACUGAAUAUAUUCAAAUAGAAGGUUGACAAGGUAGAUUAUUUGGAAAUUUUGUAACGAGAAACUCAAUAGCAAUAAUAGAAGCAAGAAGAGCAAGUCUAAGUUAAACAAGACAACACCAAAUAAUAGCCAAGAUCACAAUCAGAGAACCCUAACAAAAAUGACAAUGAGGAAUAGAAAUUAGAGGAAGAAUAAGAUAUAACUUAUUUCAGUUUCAAAAAAAAAAUGCAAUUGGCUUUACACAAAAGAUAAUAACUAUAAAGAGAGGAAGAAGAGAGGAAACAAAAAUAGUAAAAAGAGAAAUAGAAGAAGGUCAAUGAAGCUGAUUAACUUGCCAACGAUGCACCUAACCAAUAAACAUAAAAUACUUUAGUUGGAUCUAAAAUGGAAUUUUAAACUCAUGUUGGGUAAAUGCUGUAUUAGACUUACCUUUAAACUGGAGGAGACAAGGAGAGCUUUAAAAAGAUGGCUGCUAUUUUCCUUAAAAAUUAUCAUAAGAAGCAGAAAGAAAAUUUAGAUAAAUUAAAAGUAUUUCCACCGGCAAUUCCAAAAUUUACAUCAGAAGAUUGCAAGCAUCUGAAUUUGUUAUUACCAGACUUCUCUACUCAAUUAUAUGCUCCAAACAAAUAAAAUUUAUUUUAAGGAGUUGAGAAUUAUAAAUUUCCAGCCAAUAGUCCAGAAUAAGAAUUCAUAAACUUGGUUGAUUAGAUUAUGUCAGGGAAAGUAAUGUAAUUUUGGAAAGAAAUGCAUUAAUAAUGA